AUGGAGGAGAUUCCUUCCUCCAAGGACUCAAAAAACACUCAGAGGGUGGUUAAAGGAAGCUGCCGGGUAUUCAGAGAGUUUCCAGGCGAGGAUAGAGGACGAGGACGAGAAGGACGAGGAGGACGAGGACGAGGAGGAGGAGGAGGAGAAGAAGGACGAGGAGGAGGACGAGGAGGAGGAGAACGAGGACGAGGAGGACGAGGAGGAGGAGGAGGAGGAGGAGGACGACGAGGAGGACGAGGAAGAGGACGAGGACGAGGACGACGAGGAGGGGAGGAGGACGAGGAGGACGAGGACGAGGACGAGGAGGACGAGGAGGACGAGGACGAGGAGGACGAGGAGGACGAGGAGGAGGAGGAGGAGGAGGAAGGGGAGGAGGACGAGGAGGACGAGGACGACCCGAUUAGGAUUUGUGAUGUUGGGAAAACUUUCACUACCCUGAUUGACUUCUUAAUGCUUCAAGCUAUCGGUAAAUGUACUUUGGGACAACAGGUGUGUGAUUCGCUGGCAAGCCCACCAAUAUUUAUGAAACAACUUUCUGAUCUAAGAAAUGAGACAAUGGCAGUAAUCGACCCAGCAUAUAGAGGUCUGGCGUCAGAAGAUGACGUCAUUAAAACGGAGGUGCCAGUCGUGCCGCGAGGAACAGCAUUCUUAGAAGAUCGCCUACGCGCCGUGUGUCCUUGGAGCUACGUACGAAAUGAAGAUCCCAACAGAAUUCCACAGGUGAUUUUUGAAGCAAAAUGCGAUCAUCAAACGACAUGUUUCGGUGUUCUUGGUAACCAUGACGCAUUACCAAUGAGGAGACCGGUAUGUUCGGGACUGUACUACUACGCAAGUGUUAUGCGCAGAACCGGAUGUGACAGCAAUGGACAAAAUCAGUAUGAGAGGGUGAUGCAAAAGAUUGGUGCAGGUUGUACUGGUUUAAGACCGGCAAGCUCUUAAGUAACGUAGCAGGGAUCUAAGUCUGACAAUUAUUAAUUGUUUCGUUUUAGAUGAACUCUCACAAUCCUUUCAAUCAAUUUCAAUGAA